UUUUUAAAGUUGUCCGUUCUGUCCUGUAUCAAGUUUGCCUGAGUAAGAAUCAACUCAAAUGGAGUCUAAAAGUAAUUUUCAAAUUAGCCUGAAACAGGAAACAUGUUUUUGCCAGCCUGUUUCAGGCUGGCAAAAGAUGAUUAAUACCAACAUUAUUACUAGAAUUAAAGAAACAAAGAUUUGGGUAUGUCCACACUAUCUGGAGUGAUUUAAUCAUCUAAAUUUCACCUUUAGGUCUGGGAAGAGGCCCCACUCUGAACCAGACCUUGACCUCAUAUUUCAAUCUGCAACAUUGUCUGGACUUAUUGCUGGGGUAGAAGAGACGUUCAAAGCAUGCAGACUUUGAGGCCCAAAGGCAACCCUCCAUUUCUCAUGGAUUAAAGAAAUGUUUCUCCCUCAAGAUGCAACAUUCCUCACAGCUUCAUUGACAUUCCCUUACAUAGACCGACGGCAGAGUGUAGGCUUCCCCUUAUUCCCAGAGACCCACAUCUGUGUACUCAGAGGAGUUUUUCUUUAAAUAUCCCGUCACAUCACAAUUUUUUAAAGUGACAUUGAGUCACUGUCAAAAACUGUCAGUCUUGGGACAAACUGCAGCUUCUGGGAUUUACUCAGACGAUCAAACAUCUCACAGCUUGCACCAGGAAGCCGUGACAUGCUCUACUGGAAGGUGAAAUGCUUUUUUUCUGCUCCAGCUGGCUUUCAAAUUAGGUCCAGUUGACGUGUCUUGACACGACUCCUACUUCGACUUGUCAAAGCUUCACAAGUUUCCAGUUGGGCAUUCAGGAAUCCAAGCACUGUGAAGUUUGGUUUUAUAUGCAACCAGGUUUUGUUUAGCCCCUCUAACAGAAGCAGAACUAUGAAUGUUUUUUAAGAUUUCGCAAACUGGUCCAGAAGUGGAAAAGCAGCUGAUGACUCACCUCCUCAGGCAAUAAGGAGGAGCCACAGAUUCAGGAGAGAGCAAAAACUCUGAGGGAACGCUGCUCAUUUGACCUGAACUACUGCGAGAAAGGCUUCCAGCGCAGAUCCUGUCGCACAGAGCAGGACAGACACUUUUUAAAACACAAUUUUUUACACACACCAGGACUGAAACCAGAGCGCUGAAGCAUAACAAAGGCAAAGAAGAAACUUGUUCAACAGGAUUUGUCUGUUGUUUGGAGGGUAAGGUUUGAUCUACCAGCUGAUCUCAACAUUUAUGGAACAAUUUGUUCUUCAGUUUUAGGGAAUAACAGUUCUUAUAUUUCUGCUACCUUUUCAUUUGCAGACCUAAUGUUGUUUCCAACUACUACACCAACCAACAUCACUGACUGUCAGGCUGAUAACCCGGUUCUGUAUAAGUUCUACGCAGCUGUGAUGAUUGUGAUUUUUAUCUUGGCUUUGCCUCUGAACGCAUCGGUCCUCUACCUCUUCAUAUUCAAGCUCAAGUUCUGGAAAUCCAACAGCAACAACAUUUUUCUCUUCAACCUGGUGCUGGCUGACAUUCUGCUGCUUAUCUGUUUACCAAUCAAGAUUCAUAACUUCAUUAAUGAACAAAGGAGGAGCGAGGAUAAGUUAAUCUGCAAAGCGAUGCUGUUUAUGUUGUUUUUAAAUCGUGGCGCCAGCAUCGCAUUCCUAACGGUGACCUCUAUCGAUCGAUAUUAUAACGUGGUGCAUCCAGGCAGAAAAAACCUCCUGAAGGCUCUGAAGAAAUUUCCCUACAUCUCGAUAUUCAUCUGGGUGUUGCUUCUGCCUCUCACCAUUCCCACCAUGAUGAGGAACUUUGACUGCUGCAACAGCCUCAGCAGCAGGAAUACAAGUGAUACGAAUAAUACUUGGAUGAAGGAAGCUGCGGACAUAGCCAGAGAGAUAGUUUUCUUCACCCAGAUCCUCAUUCCCUUCGUCAUCCUGGUCUACUGCACCGUUCGCAUCGUCAAUCGACUGAAGAAGAAAACCGUUGGGGAUAAGACGAAGCUAAGGAGAGCGGUCCUCCUCGUGACCGCCGUCAUGGUGGUUUUCUCCUUCUGUUUCCUGCCGUGCACCAUCGCCAGGAUGGUGCUGCUGAUCGUUAGGGUCAAUGAAAGCCUUAGAGAUUACGUGGAAAACGCAGAAGCAGUAUUUGACGGCCUCAUGGUCCUCUCCUACCUGGACUGUCUGCUGGAUCCGGUGGUUUACUGCUUCUGUAGCACCAAGUUUAAAGCACUUUAUGUCUCCAAUUACCUAUCUUUUUGCGUUAAAGAAACCCCGGAGCAAAUCAGCAGCUCAACGGGAAACGCAACACAACCAGGGCGCAACAAAGUCAUUUAAAAAAGUGACUUCAAGUUCUGCUGGGUGUUUAUGAGCCGAUAGCUGCUGUGCAGCAACCAGACUGAUAUGAGGCCCAAGGGAGGCUUUAUGUUAAAUCAUGCUUUGAAAACCAAAAACAUGAGGAAUAUUUAAAUUCAUUUUAUAUCCUAAAUGUAAAAAGAAGUGCUAAUGUGGUUGUAACUCUAGAUUUAAAGCUUCUACUGAUGGUGACUUAAGAAGUUCAGUAAGAUUUGUUUUUGUAUAUUGUCAGUACUUUUUUAAGGGAGUUGCAAGUAAAGUAUGCACAUCUGUUUUUAUUUUCUUCUUGGACUGUGAGAUGACUUACAAAACUCUUUCCCGCUGUCAGAUAAAGUGUUGAGAGAAUAUUUUUAUCCUGAAAAUCUAAAGGCAAGGGUGCUUUGACUAGCAAACCAUACUUAUGCAAUGUGGCUGUAGUGAUUGUUUUAGUUGCUAAAGAAAACAAUCAAAGGUUUUUUAGUAGGUUGUGAUCAAAGUUAAGUUUGUUAAUUACCUCUCUUUCUGACAUGUACAUUCAUUUUUAUGAGAUUCGAAGGUUAUUUUGUGUCAUUUUGCGACACUGUUUUAUUUUUGCAGAUUUCAACAUAAGCACAAAACAUGACUUUAAACUUUCCUGAAUUACAGCAGAAGUAAUGACUCUUCCUUCUUACCUAGACAGGUCACGUAUCCCCUGUGACUGAGUAAGCCCACCUGAAUAAACUCCAUCAUUUAAUAUUAUUUAAUGAUAUCAUUAAAUGAUAUCAGUGGAUAUGCACCAUAUCCAUGCUCCACUGUGGAUAUGGUGCUAUUCUGAUGUCAGCAAAUAACAUACAGAAUAACACACUUUAUAGGCCUCUGUGUUUUCAUUCUGACAACCUUUAAAUCAUGAGUCUAGACAUGAUGAGAAAAAUGAUGAGAAAGUCGCUCUGUGUCUGGUUAAAAGUGGACUAAAGUGAUGAGAAAGUCGCUUUAGACAAUUUGUAAUCUGCUGCGUCUGGCGCUGAUUCCAUGAGUCACAGCCUUUAUGGAAUAUUACUCAACUUUCUUCUCAGGAUAAACUUUCAACCUCAAGGUCGAAACAUGAAUGAACCAGCAACAGUUUUAAUUCCCUGAACUUUUAGACUGGGGAACCAUAAAAAGAGUAAAUAUUGGCAAAGAGUCAGAUAGUUUCUCCUAAUCAACAGUUUGCUGGUAUGUGAUACUAUCCCAAGGUCUAUAAGCACAUAAAAUGUCAACAGCAUGGAGGCGUGUCUUGUUCACUUCCUCACCUUUCUCAAAUUUCACCUCUUUACUGUAUUAAUAAUAUAUUUUUUGUAUGAAUGUGUCUUUAUGUGUUCUAAAAUAAUCUGUUAAAUUUAUUCUGGGUCGAGUCUUGUUGUGAAAAGUAAUCCCAUAUCAUCAUGCUGCCACCUCCGUGUUUGGUUGCAGUAUAUUUUUCUGUUUUUGGACCAAACAAACCUUAAACAACUGUGGCCUGAAAGGUAAAUGUUAUGCUUUCUCAGUGCGAUCUGUCAUUGCUUUUAUCACGUCGUAAAAUGAACUGUAAAUGUCUUCUGCACUGA